GUCGCGGGCGCGAUGCUGUUCGACAAGGUGAAGGCGUUCUCCGUGCAGUUGGACGGCGCGAGCCCGGGAGCCGAGCCGGUGUUCCGCGGCGGCCAGGCGGUGGCCGGCCGGGUGCUGCUGGAACUGACCAGCCCCGUGCGCCUGGGCGCCCUGUCGCUGCGCGCGCGGGGUCGGGUCCACGUGCACUGGACCGAGUCGCGCAGCUCGGGAUCCAGCACCGCGUACACGCAGAGCUACAGCGAGCGCGUGGACGUCGUGAGCCACCGCGCCACGCUGCUCGCUCCAGGCUCCGGGGAGGUCAUCAAGCUGCCGGCAGGACGCCACCAGUUCCCCUUCAGCUUCCAGCUGCCCCCGAUCCUGGUGACAUCUUUCGAAGGCAAACACGGGAGCGUCCGCUACACCAUCAAGGCUGUCCUGCACCGGCCAUGGGUACCCGCCCGUCGGGCCCAGAAGGUCUUCACUGUAAUUGAACCCCUCAACAUCAACACCCCGGCACUGCUGGCCCCACAGGCAGGAGCCCAGGAGAAGGAGGCGCGAUCCUGGUGCAGCGGCCGUGGCGUCGUGUCUCUGUCGGCCAAGAUCGACCGCAAGGGCUACGCGCCGGGCGAGGCCAUCCUGGUGUUCGCAGAGAUCAACAACAGCUCUUCGAGGCCGGUGCGGCCGCGCGUAGCCGUGGUGCAGACUCAGACCUUCACGGCCCGUGGCGCCCGCAAACAGAAGCGGCUGGUGGUGGCCAGCCUGGCAGGCGAGCCUGUGGGCCCGGGGCGGCGGGCGCUGUGGCACGGCCGCGCGCUGCGCGUCCCCCCAGUGGGCCCCUCCAUCCUGGGCUGCCGCGUGCUCCACGUGGAUUACACGCUCAAGGUGUGCGUGGACAUCCCAGGGACGUCCAAGCUGCUCCUGGAGCUGCCCCUGGUCAUCGGGACCGUCCCCCUGCACCCCUUUGGCUCAGGCUCAGCCGGCCUGGAUAGCCAUACCAGCCUCCUGCUGGACUGGGCACUGGGAGGCCCCCUGCAGCAGCUGGAAGCUCCCCCCGACUACUGGGACGUGAUAGCAGAGGGAGAAGCAGAGGCUGCCAGGGGAAGGCUCACUCUGGGAGCCUGGGAGCCCCCCUUUCUGGCCUGUGUCCCCGAGUUCCGCUACUGCCCACCACCCCUGUAUUCUGAGGUGAGCUGUUUUCAGGUUCUGGAGGAUGAAGAGGACAGGGCCCGCACAGGGUAG